UCUGCAGCCGGAGCGUUAGGAAGCUUCAUCAAUGUCUAGUGACAGCCGAGGACGACGGAGGGAGGGGAGUGAACGCGAUAGUAGUGAAUGCGAAGUAAGCCAGCCCAGUACUUAAACAGUCCAUUUCAGCUGUUUCCCAUCUGAAGUGAUGAUGGCGGCGGCCCUUGAGAGAGGGGGUGUCCGUGCCGCCUUCCUGAGCACCGGCAGCGGCGGCGGUGGACCAACACCAGCAGCCCUCCCAGCUGGAACGGCAAGCGGGACAGUUGUGCUGGGUCCGGGGGGCUCCGGCCCGAUGCCCGUGCCUAUGAACCUCUUUGCAACCUGGGAAAUAGACCGCUCUUCCCCGAGCUGUGUGCCGAGGCUGUGCAGUCUCACUCUAAAGAGGCUGAUCAUCCUGAGGGAGCUGGACAAAGAGCUCAGCUCCGUUGUCAUCGCUGUUAAAAUUCAGGGUUCCAAAAGAGUGCUGCGAUCAAACGAGUACAUACUUCCUCCCAGUGGGCUAAUGGAGACAGAUCUGGAGCUCACCUUUUCUCUGCAGUACCCACACUUUCUGAAGAGGGAUGCCAACCGGCUGCAGGUCAUGCUACAGAGACGCAAGCGCUACAAAAACCGCACCAUCCUCGGUUACAAGACGCUCGCCAUUGGAGUCAUCAACAUGGCUGAGGUGAUGCAGCACCCCAGCGACGAGGGUCUGGUCCUGGGUCUCCAUAGCAACAUGAAGGAUGUUCCAGCACGCGUGGCAGAGAUCAGCGUGUUUUCUCUAUCUAGCCAGCCCAUCGACCAUGAGGAUAGCAGCCAAAGGAGGAACAAGACCAAAGCCUCUGAUCGGUCCCCCGAUAUGGACAACUACUCUGAGGAGGAGGAUGACAGCUACUCUUCUGAGCAGGACGCCAGCGAUGACGCAGUACAGGGCCAGGAUCUCUAUGAUGAGGAUGAUGAGGUCCGGAAGCCUAAAAAAUCUCGCCGGAAAAUAAUCCGAACAACUUCCAUGACACGGCAGCCCAACUUCAAGCAGAAGUUUGUGGCCCUGCUGAAGAGGUUCAAGGUGACGGAUGAGGUUCUGGACUCAGACCCUGUGGUUCAGAGCCAGGAGGUAGAGGAGGGACUGAACCUGCUCUAUGACAGUCUGGAGGUCUACAAUCACAGUGACAGCGGCCCUGACGUUGAGGACAAUGAAAGCGUGCUUAGCACCCCGAAACCCACGCUAAAGCCAUUCUUUGAGGGGAUGUCCCACUGCAGUUCUCAGACUGAACUGCGAAGCAUACACAGUCAGGAGAGCCAGCCACAGCAGCUAUACUGCACGAGCUGUAACCUCCUGCCGGUAGAGCGGAGCACUGCAGAGGAACGGCACCAGGAGGAGACGAGCAUAAACGCUAGCCCUGGGGAGGUGCAGGCGGAGGACUAUGGACUCCUGAUGGGAGAUGUGACCACAGGCUGGGAGCCCAGUGUGGACUGGCUAGCCAGCUCUACUGGGAGCCAGUGCAAGACUGAAACCCAGAACCACAUGACUCCCAGUAAAAGAACGAGCAAUCGCUGCCCACGCAGCACGUCUAUGAAAGACAGACAGAACUCUCGACCCCGCGGCAUCCGCAUAUCCAGCCUGGACAGCGAGAGUUCCUUCGAGUCCCGCCUCUUGGCGCAGGUUCCCAGAAAGUCUGUGUACGAUCAGCUGAAUCAGAUCCUGGUCUCUGAUGACAGACUGCCUGAGAGUAUUAUCCUGAUUAAUACUGUGGAGUGGCAGGGACAGUAUGUAGCAGGAGUUCUCCAUAAUCAGCCCAUUGUGUCGACCUGCUCUGUUGCAGACGUACAAGCUGCAUUCAACACCAUCGUGAUUCGCAUCCAAAGAUUUUGCAACUGCAAUGCCCAGACUCCGCCCACUAUCAAGCUGGCCGUGGCUGGAGACCAGGGCUACCUCAGCACCGUCCUGCGCUUCUUUGUGGAGCAGCUGGCCAACAAGACGCCCGAUUGGCUUGGUUACAUCCGCUUCCUUGUCAUCCCGCUUGGUUCUCAUCCUCUAGCGAAGUACAUGUCGUCCCUAGACAGCAAGUUCAGCAGCGUGUUCAUGGACACAUCAUGGAGGGAGCUGUUCUGCAGGGCGGAGCCUCCUGCUUCAGACAGCAUCGAUGUUGCCGGACGGAUCCUUCAGUAUCUUGCCGGAGCAAAUGUUUCCCACCAGUUCCCCAUCUCUGAAGCUAUGCUUACCUACAGACAAAAGAGCCCGGAUGAAGACUCCUGCCAAAAAUUUGUGCCGUUUAUCGGGGUUGUGAAGGUGGGAAUAGUGGAGCACAGUGUAUCAACAUCCGUGGACUCCGAUGAUGCCGUGGGCAGCAGCGUUCUGGCCUCACCCACAUCCCAGGUAGCCACGCCCUGUGGGAAAGACAUCUGUGGAACCCCCCCUCCAUCUCCUUCUGUUACUGCAAGCCUGUCUGGAGCUAGUUCCCCAGGCGCGAGUGCUGAGCUGAUGGGUCUGCAGGUGGACUACUGGACGUGGCAUGGAGCAGAGAGGAAGCGUGAGGGUGAGAAGAAGGAGGCGGGGCUAAAGAACACCUUAAAGAGCAACUUCCGCUCUCUACAGGUGAGCCGUCUGCCCUGUAGGGGCGAGCUUAUCCCGCCCCCCUGCAUGGCCAUGACUGUCGUCACCAAGGAGAAGAACAAGAAAGGUGUGCAUUCUGCUUCAGUGAUCUUCCUCAGUAAGAAGAUGAAGGAGAAGGAGCCGGACUCGAAGAGUCAGGUGAUCGAUGGCAUUAGCCGACUCAUCUGUACCGCCAAGCACCAGCAAACCAUGCUCAGAGUGUCCAUAGAUGGGGUGGAGUGGAACGAUGUGAAGUUUUUCCAGCUGGCUGCCCAAUGGCCCACCCAUGUCAAACACUUUCCUGUGGGGGUCUUUGGCUACACUAAACCCACAUAACCCACCUCCUGAAACCCUUGAGUCCCAGAACAAUAUGGGAUUGGGGGGGGGGGGGGGGGU